GGAAGCGCAGGGGGAUGGGGCGGCGGUGACGCGAUUCUGUCCGCGUUGGAGGGGCCGUGCUGCCGCCGGAGUCGCCGCGGCCGCCUUGUGACGUGGCACAGCCUUAAUACUAGAGCCAGAGCUGCCGCGCCAGUCGCCCAGCAAGUCCUCACCCCGCUAAUUCCUGUCCCGGAGCGUCUUCCGACACGCCGGCCAGCAAGCCGUCCCUGCCUCCUUUUUCCUCCGCUGUUUCUGUUCCCUCUUGCUGAGUUUGCGGUGAGCUUGAAAGGAGAAGGCCUGGGGACGCCCCGAACCCCUUCUGCCCAUCGCAAGUGCCAUUACCGCCAUGGGCCUCACUAUCUCAUCUCUCUUCUCCCGCCUCUUCGGCAAGAAGCAGAUGCGUAUUUUGAUGGUUGGAUUGGAUGCUGCUGGCAAGACGACCAUUCUUUAUAAACUGAAGUUAGGGGAGAUAGUCACCACCAUACCUACCAUUGGUUUUAAUGUGGAAACAGUAGAAUAUAAGAACAUUUGUUUCACAGUUUGGGAUGUUGGUGGUCAAGAUAAAAUUAGGCCUCUGUGGAGGCAUUACUUCCAGAAUACCCAGGGUCUUAUUUUUGUGGUAGAUAGCAAUGAUCGUGAAAGAAUUCAGGAAGGAGCAGAAGAGCUGCAGAAAAUGCUUCAGGAAGAUGAGUUGCGAGAUGCAGUGCUGCUGCUUUUUGCAAACAAACAAGAUUUGCCAAAUGCUAUGGCCAUCAGUGAAAUGACAGAUAAAUUAGGUCUUCAGUCUCUUCGUAACAGAACAUGGUAUGUUCAAGCCACUUGUGCUACACAAGGAACUGGUCUGUAUGAGGGACUUGACUGGCUGUCAAAUGAGCUUUCAAAACGUUAAAUGAAACUGGAUAUCUAACCAAGGACACAUUUCAUAGAAUUGGUCUAGGCUUGUUACAACAAAAUUAGUUUGCAUCUUGGUUAUUAAACUAUCUGGGACUGGUUGGGGCAGAAUAUUACAGCGUUUAAACUUAUUUUGUUGCCAAUUAUUGUUUACCAAGUAUAAUGUUGCUAUUUAGCAAUAGCUUGGUUUUAAAGAAAUUCUCCUUGGGGAAAAAAGUGUUCUCUUUUAAUUUUACUUCCCUUAAACCUAAAUGCCUGGAUGUAGUUAUUGUGAUACCUUUAAAUAAAUCUGUUUUGAAUGUUUUUUGAGCCCACAACAAACAAUGUUUUUAAGUUAUCCCCUUGCUACUUUACUGAUACCUUUAUCAUUCCUGGGACAGUCUGCUGAUUUAAAAAUGUAGCAUUCCGUUUGUAUUUAUUUCUCUCCCUUGCCAAAAAUAUUUUUUAAUACUGCUUGUACCAGCCAGGGAAAUACUCCAAAACACUAUUCAACUGUCUUGCACUGAGGGACUUAUUUCUCCCCCAUUAUUGACUGCUGGCUUCCAUCAGCCAAAAUUAACCUUGGUGUGGUUUGGAUUUAAACCUAAUUAAUUCUGUGCUGGUUGCAAAGAGUUCAUAUUGAGUUGGUUUUUAAUACUCAGCAGAUUGUCUUCCUUUAUAUUGUAUCUUUUUUAUGUUGCAUGUUGAGUUUGGUAUCAGCCUCUUUGCCCAGUAUAUGAUAGAUAAUUCAGCUAAUGUUUUAUUGUUUAUUGGUGAACAUAUUUUCAUUAAGAGUUUUUUGAAAACUCAUCAGAUUCAAUGAAUAAGUUUUCUUCAUAACCCAUUUGGAAUUAUUCCUAAUAAAAUGAUAAAAUAUA